CCGCGGUCUUAGGUCGAAUUUCACAAGGUGGCAACACUGAAAAUCAAAACCGUGACGAAGUUCAUGCCCGUCUCAUCAGAAUUGAAUUUAUACUUGUCGAGGCCGAAACUACCUUCUCAUAAACAAGAGGCAACAAUGGAUCAAGAUCAGCCUACAAUAACCGGCUUCGAAAUCAUAAAACAGGGUGCUGAGGCUCGUUUGUUUAAAGGAACUUAUCUCGGGCGAUCUGCUUUGAUCAAAGAAAGAUUUGUAAAAAAAUAUAGACACCCCGAUCUGGACACGAUGCUGACUAAGGAUAGAACAAAAGGCGAAGCACGCGCUAUUGUUCGCGCUAAAGCCGCUGGUGUGAGAACCCCCGCGUUAUUUCUCGUUGAUUUUAAACGUCGUCGUAUGUACAUGGAGUACAUAGACGACGCUGUAACACUCAAGGAGUUUAUAGACGAAAAUAUAUCCGACAAAGAAAACGUCGAAUAUUUGAUAAACUUCUUGGCAGAGGAAAUCGGACUUGUUGUCGCACGAUUGCAUUCAAAAAACAUAAUCCAUGGGGAUCUUACUACUUCGAACAUGCUCCUGAGAAAUUUUCAAGAUCCUAAAAAGAAAGAAAAUGAAGGCAAAAAGGACGUUGAAAAAUUCCAAGGGGAAAUAGUUCUGAUAGAUUUUGGACUAGCGCAUGUAGAAUCGACCGCUGAAGACAAGGCUGUAGACCUUUACGUUUUGGAGAGAGCUUUGUCAAGUGCGCAUUCUGAAGUGCCCAAAUUGUUUUUUGAGAUUUUAAGGAACUAUCAAAAAUUCUGCAAGUCGAGAGACAUGAAAGACGUUCUGAUCAAGUACAAAGAAGUACAGGCCCGCGGACGCAAGCGGCUCAUGAUAGGGUGAUCGGCUAUUAUCAAAUUUCAGAUUUCUGAAAUUUGUCAUUUGUCUGUGAAGUGAAAGAUGGAAACUGGAAGCAGUGGAUUUCUUGCACUCUGGGUUCUUGAGCAGCAGUUUUUUGUACCAAAUAACGUCAGUCAAAGUGGAGUCCUGAAUAUAUUAUUAUCCAAGUUACC